AUGGAUAAAUUCGAUUUGCGGGAUUCGGGUUUUUUAAACCCCGUUAGGAACCAGAAAAAAGGAAGAUGUUGUUUCGCCUUUCCUCCUUAUGCUGCUGUGGAGUACCUGUAUCACAAAGAAAGGGGUGUGAAUCCUCGGAUUCAAUUUUCACCUCAAGACAUUUGGGAUAAUCUGGUUAAAAAUGAAAAGCAGAACCAGGAUGGUAUGACGCUUACUGACGCCUAUAAUUGGAUGAGAAACCAUGGGUGUGUUCGCGAGGAGUCAUGGCCGUAUAGAGGAGUCUAUGGACCACCACCUCAAAACCGUGAGGUUGUUUGUAAAAUUAUAAGGUGUAAGUGGUUACCAUUUAGGAAGAUGAAGGAGCAUCUGAGGGAUGAAGGACCGAUCGCUGUAGAGGUGAAGUGGAUUAAGGAGAUGGGUGACUAUAAAGGCGAUGGUAUUUACAACGGUCCUGCAGAUGCUAAUGCAUUCGUAAAGACAGUAAACAAUCAUGUUGGGGAUCACGCCUUACUUGUGAUUGGUUUCGGAUCUGAGAGGAUUGAGGGAGAGCUGGUGCAUUAUUGGAUUGUCCAAAACAGCCAUGGUGAAGGCUGGGGCAAGGAGGGAUAUGCGAAGUUCAACAUAGAUAUCAUGUGUGGUACUGAUAAGCGACUAAUAGAUGGAGGUUUUGCCCCACACAAGAUUAAGCAAGGCGGCUAG